AUGGCCGUUCCAACCCUCAACUACAGUCAUUAUAUCUCGGGCACCAAAGAGCAGCGCGAGACAUUCUCUCAUGAACUGCUAGAUAGCUUUGAAAGAACUGGAUUUGCAAAGCUCAAAGCCCAUGCAUUCAACACAAAAGAGCUUACCGAGUUGUUCAACUGGGGCAAGAAAUUUUUUGAUCAGCCAUUGGAUGUGAAGAACAAAAUUCCAAACGAAACAGGCCCUAGGCCCAUGCGUGGCUACACACCAUGGCGGGUUGAGGAGGUUGGAAAGCUUCACCAUGAUGCACAGGUCAGGAUCAUGAAGGAUUCAAAGGAACAUUUCGACCAGGGCCCUGAAUACGACACAGAGUACCCAAACAAAUGGCCCCAGGAGCCUGAGCUAUCAGGCUUCCAAGACUUCAUGGAGGAGUUUUACCGCAAGUGUGACAGCGUUUGCCUGACUCUGAUGAAGGCUCUCGAGGUCGCUUGGGGUAUCGAUGAUGGGUCUUUGGUGGCACGCUGCGUUCCCAGCGCCACAGAUCUCCGACUCACUCACUAUCCCACAAUUCCCGUCGACGAGAUGAAGUCUGGCAGCACAAGCCGGAUUGCACCACAUACCGAUUUCGGUCCCAUCACAUUGCUUUUCCAAGACAGCACUGGUGGCCUAGAAAUUGAGGACCGGACCAGUAACACUUUCGUUCCCCUCCCCCCGACUGAUACGACUGAGAUGAUUGUCAAUGUUGGCGAUACGCUGACGCGUUGGACCAAUGGAAAGAUCACUGGAGGUAUCCAUCAGGUCACUACUCCCGAAUCAAUGAAGGGGGAGAGCGGCUUGGUGAUUCCACCCCGGAUGUCGAUGGCUUAUCUCUUCAAAGCUGAGCGCAAUACAUCGGUUGGCCCACUGCCCAAGUUUGUCGCCCAGGAGCCGGCAAAGUACCCCGAAAUCACGGCAUUCGAGUUUCAGCGAUGGAAAAAUAGCAUUGUGUACAAUGUGGAAGAUGAAGAACAUGCCCGCACUUUUGAUCGCUUCAUUGAGACCCCUAAGGCUAUCAAGUUGCAGGCAUAA